CGCGACGCAACUCACUUUACGUGCUUUGCACCGUCAGUCACAGAGGACGCCGUGCUAUGGAUGUGUAGUCCUUGCUGCAGCAGUCGCUUUCAAACUUCUGUCCAAGAGCGUGUUUCGCUGGCGGCAUUCGCGAGCAUGUGUUCAUAGACGUCUUCAUCGGUCGGGUCCUCCGUCACGAGGACGAGGUAGAACUUUUCGCGGGAACAACUCGUGCUUAAGUACGAUCGCAUUUGUGCUUUCGGCAAUCGAUCAGUGUACACGUUAACUCCAUCCGGGCUAUCAAAAUGGGCUCUAUAGUGCUUAAGUCACUUUCCGUGCUGCUCGGCGUAUUUUUUGUUUUCAUCGGCACCAUGAAGCUCACGUCGGGCAUCAGCAAGGAUCUGCACAAGGACUUGAGAAAAGAAUAUGUCAAAUACGCGAAAGUAUUCCCACUUUCUAGCACAUUUCAAUUCAAGAUACCCAGCAAGUGGUAUCGAAGAGUCGUCGGCUCGCUCGAGAUAAUUUGCGGUCUCGCCAUGGCGAUUAUUCCAAGUCAUAAAGUUAAAAAUUUGUCAAAUACAGUGUUGCUUGUUUUGAUGCUCAUGGCUGUAUACUCUCAUUACAUGGUCAACGAUAAGUUCGAGAGGGUCGCCCCGGCAUUGGUAUUCUUUUUUAUGCUCACGGGGCGAUUGGUAAUCGACUGGCAGUUGAGACGAGAAGACACGCAGUCUGUAACAGCAAACGGCGUUGACGAUAAAACUAAGAAGCAAGACUGAGCGAGAUUAUGGUUAAAGAAUAAAGUCAUUCGUUUUCAUGUUGAUUCUUUCAUGUGAUUCUAUCCGUUUCCGGAACACUAAAAAGAGUUCUCCGAUCAAAUUUACUUAUUUUUAUUAAUUUAUUUAUUUAUUUCAAAUUUAUACUCUCUCGCUCUUCCAUUGUUCCAAAAGUGGAAUUUUUAUUUCAAGACGAGAUUAUUUAACUUUCUCUUCUUAAUGUGUGCAUAAUGUAUGUGUUCUUAAUAUAGCUUCAAUACUUACAAAAAUUUUAUAAUAGGAGAAACAAUAAUUUAAAACAAUGUAGGUUAAGUUUGUAAAAAAUAUACAUCUCCGGAAGGAAAAACGAGAUGGAGAACAAAUCAUUUUUAAUGCAAACAUUAAUAUUUCACCGAUGGGACGUGUAGUUUCCCCUUUUAUUGUGUGCGCGGCUCGAUGUAUCCAAGUUGACCGAAGUAUCAACGUAUCCAAGCUUAUUUAGCCCUCGUCGGCGAGGUGUUAUAAUCAAUUUUUGUUGCACUUUAUUAUGCACGAUAUUGCAAUUUGUAAGAAUAAAAAACGAGCUGUCUGCUCGCUAUGGCAGACGCAAUCAGAUUUACAAUAAGACACGCGCAAAAGAAAGAGAAUUUUUUUUUCCUUGUUUAGCCUACGAUUAUUACGUUUCUUUUUUAUUGUUGAUGUAAACUACUCAACAAAUAUGCGACGUAGGCAACCUUUUUUUGUAAUUAGAAAAUCGUUUUUUGGUCAUUUGAUAAGGAUUAAAAAUUCGCAAAACAAAUCUAAUCUUUAAUACUAACCGCAAUUCUAGUCCUCAUUAUAUACGUAAACGUUUUCAUGAAUUGAUCAUAAUGUUUUAUCCCGCAGCACUGGCCCAUUAAAGUAUUAUUGCAUCAAUGUCGAUUGUCAUCGGCCAUUGUUAGAAAAAUUGUUAGAAAAACUAUCUGUCUCUAUUUAUAUUACAGUUAGGACAAUAAUAUAAAAAGAGCAAAUAUCAUUAAGAAAAUUACAUUAAUCCGUGAAAUUAAGUUUUAGGAACAAAUCAGCUUGAUUGCCUCAUUCUUGAUUCUGAAUUGGCUUGAUUGCGAGUUAAUAAUAUUUUGCUUCUUUUCAUGAUCUAAUAGGAGAAUUAUGACGUAAACAUUUAUGUAAUGUAGAAAAUACUGUAAUAUAAAUAGCUAUGCAGGAUAUCUCGGCAGGAAAGUAAAAUAUUUUGAAGAAUCAUAAUAUACAUUUUACGAAAAAAAUUCACGUACACGUGUGUCCGAUUUUGAACGGUUUCCAAGUUCUUUAAACAACUAGUUGUACGAAUAUUGCCAGUAACAGUUCAGAAUAAAUUUUCCCAUUUUCUUACAGUUGUAAAAUGUUGACGGUGUAAUUUUCGAAAAUGUCUUACAAAUUGUAAUAAAUUUGUCAUUUAAACAGUAAAUAUUAGAAAGAGUAAGAAAUAUCUUUUUACUAUCAGUAUUUUGCAACUAUACAUUUAAACAGUUCUAUCUUGGAAACUAUUCAAAAUGGACCAUUUAAAAUGUCCAUUUUUGUGAACAUUUUUCUUAGAAUAUUUUAUAUUGCAAUCUCCGAAAGUAUUGAUCUUUCCUGCAGAAAUAUCGUGUAUAAUAUAGACAAUUGAAAUACAGAUAGCUACAAUAUAAAUAACUAAAUUAGAAAUAACUUUUAUAAACAACUAUCCAACAUAAUAUAAAAUUAUUUAACAUAAACGACCAGCUGUAGCAUAAAUAGAAGAAAAUUUGAAUUUGUCACAACGUGUAAUACUAAUCAACAUUGAUGCAACCAGUUUUCAGAGACACUAGCUUAAGCACGAGGUACUAACUGCCAUUUCAAUGAAUGCGUCCUUUACAUAUGUCGUGUGUGAACGCGUGCGUGUAUGGAUAUACAGAAAAUCUUCUGUAGUUAACAAUCGGGACAUAUAUGCGCAUUAGUUAUUAACUUAUUUCUCAAAAAGUCAACGUGUGUAGAACAAAUGUGAUCGGACAAAUUUGAUAAAUAAAACCAAAAAUAAAAACCGUCAGACUUC